AUGAACAAAGCACUGGCAGCAUUCAGCUCAGAGUCACGGAAAGUGAUUUUUCUGCAUCUUCAUUCUUUUUCAGCUGAUGUAUAUUACAGAUACCGCAUGUCAAGAUGCAUCUACAGCUCCUCUAAUAUCAGUGACAUGGUGUAUUUUGACAACUACUAUUUCAAUAAAUAUCUAUUCAUACAGUUUGACAGCACUUUGGGGAGAUUUGUGGGGUUUAAUGAGUAUGAAAUGAAACUUGCAGAGUUCUGGAACAAUGGCACCUUUGUGCAUGAAGAAAGAGAUAUUGUGGACUGGUUCUGCAAAGGUAAUGCUGAAAUCUUUGACUCCAGUAUCAGUGAUAAAUCAG